CUCCGUUUUACCCUAAUCAUUCGCCAACUCUUGACAUUGAAAAAUUGUCUCACUGGCAAGACACUCUGGCGCUGAUUCUUGCCAAUCGAACCCCUCGUGACAUCGAGGCCAUGACUGCCCUAGGCGAUAUUUUAAGAGACUCUGGUCUAGAUGAUGCCGCCCAGAUAUGCUAUCUGGCUUCUCCUCAAACUUCUAUCCACGCGGGAAUAGAUACUCCCAACGUACGUCUCACCCUCAUUGGAUCAUCGAGCAUGCAAACCAUGUGGCAUGAUAUAGAGGCUAUUCAUUUGACAGAAUUAUGGGAGUUCGCUGCUGCUGCGAAACAACCUAGCGGCUCACAAGGCUUACCAUUUUUGCAAGGCUAUAAGCUCGUCUUAGCAUGGAUUCUUGCUGAUCACGGUUAUAUUGUUGAAGCGCAGAGGUAUUGCGAAGCAAUGGCAGGGAUACUCAAAGCCCAUACCAAGGGUAGCCCUUAUCUGCACAAGCAUCUACUCGAAAAACUCAAAGAAUUGAACGAACUUUGUGAGAUGUCAGGUCACGGAGCUGGUGCUGAUAGUGCUACCUCUUGGUUGAAGCAAAAGAUACCAAAGCCUACCUUGGAUUCUAUCUGGGGUUCAUUGGAAGGCAAAUUCAACAAGUUUGUUAGCGGUGAAGAUCUUCCAGCCAUCGAACCAGAAUCUAGGAAAUCUACAGAAAUCGUAGGGUCCAGUAUGCCUGAAACUAGCUUACCUGCGCGAAGUGCAUCUGCAGUUGAUAUGCGUUACAAUAAUGGUGCGUCAGCAGAUUGGUCUCGACGAGCUACCACACCUCAAUCUGGAAAGUAUGGUACGGGUAUGCGACCUAUAUCCCCUGGUAAUCAAUUUGGCAUGGGUGGUCUCCAAGGUUUCAGCCCUCUUAAAACUGAAGAAGUUGUGGAGGAAGAGAAUACCUCUUCGUUGCAAGUUGACAGUUAUGGAGGCACACCAAAUAAUGAGAGCGCAUAUUCAUACGGCCAACAGCCUCCCAAAGGUGUAUUUAGCCCAUUCGGUCAGAUACAAGCUGACACCGUUGAUGAAACCCAAACCGAAAGCUAUCAGUCAUAUCAGCCUUAUGGUGAAGAUACAGCUGGUGGUGGUUGGUGGUCUGGUGGCGCUAACGAUAUGGCUGCCGACACUGGAGCAGCCAAUAUUGACUCUAAUCAGUAUAACACUCCUGUGAAUAGCUAUGAGCCUCAACAGUCAUAUGAGCCAGCAGCCAAUAUGACCAGCAAUUACGAUGAUGAUGACCUUGGUCUUGGAAAUAGCUCUUCCAGGAAGGAUCGUGCUCAGCCUCAAGAGUCUGUGCCAUCAAAGCCUACAACUCCAGCUCCUGAGAGAUCAGAAAACGAGGCAAAUGAGAAGAAGGAAGCGGAUGACAAGCAAGAACCUAAAGGAGGCUGGGGCCUAUUUUCCAUAUUUUCUCGCUCCAAUACAUCAACUCCUACAGAUAAAAAAUCUGUAAGAGCUAAUCUUGGAGAAGAGAAUUCGUUCUAUUAUGAUAAGGAACUGAAGCGCUGGGUGAACAAAAAGGCUGGUCCUGAUUCAGCUCCAUCAACACCUGCUCCCCCGCCACCCAGAUCAGGUAGCUCAUUGUCUAAUCCUCCCAAACCAGCUUCACCAGCUCAAUCCUCAGCACCGCCAAUGUCUAUGAAACACUCUGUAUCGUCCGGAGGACCGCCACCACCGCCGCCAAGUGGAAAUUUGCAACGUGCCACAUCUGUCCCUGCACCUGGUCCACCACCGGGCGUUCCAUCACCAGCAUUCUCUACACCACCACCACCAAGUGGAACGGGAGCGGCAGCCAAAAGACCUGGUGCCGGACGAAAGCCAAUGCGGUCCAGAUAUAUCGACGUAUUUAAUCAACCUCAGCAGUGAGGAACUCAAAAUGAGAAAGCGCACUUUUUGUCCAUAGGAUUAUGUGAUUUAGGAAAAAAAAGAAGUAGCAUAGUCUUUCUGAACUAGAAUCAAACAUGUUCGUAUUUUCGUGAUAGCAGAAUACAGUAACAUUUGCAAUCAACCUGUGGUUUGACGCUGACUUUGAAAUGUCAA